AUGGACGACGCACCGAACGAGGACCCGCGCGUGCUCUACAUCCGGGAACACGUCCUGAGCUCCAUGAAGCUCAAACCGGACAGAUGGAGCCAGGCUGUAAGCGGAGAGGAGAACCGCCAGCUCCUCCAGGACUUUGUGGAGCGAGCCCAGUGCAGGACGCUGGUGGUGACGCAGAGCGCGGCCGGGGGGCUGCAGCUGAAGGACCACAUCCCGGCGGCUGCGUCCGAAACCAAAGCGCUGUACUUUGUGAAGCGGAGUCAGACUGCACUACGAGCCGAGAGCAUGAGGGAGAGCCUGGUGUACGGGGAGAUCUCCUACGCACCGCUGGAGCAUUUCUGUUCGCUUGUGGAAGAGGUGGUUGUUCCACUGAUCGCUAACAAUCAAAACCAUGCUGCCUGGCCUCAUGUGGUGUCCCAGGACAUCAGGCGCCACCUGCACUCACUCCAGAGCAGUGUGUUUGUGGUGAGCGGUUACGUCCAAGGCAAGACGCUGCUGCCUCUUCCAUGCGGGGCAGAACGGCUGGAACAUGUCUCUCCAGAGAAAUACUCCAGCGCAGAGACGGUGGAUAAAAGCCUUAUCCACUCUCUGGAGUCGACGCUCAUAGACUGGAUCCAUCAGGUGCAUGCGGUGCUCAGCAGAGACUCUUCAGAAGAACUGCUGCGUGGCACUCACCCCACGCCCCAAACUGAGCUUCUCUUCUGGGAUAACAGAUGUGCAGACCUGCAGUGCAUCUACUCCCAGCUUACAUCCAUAAAAGCUCAGAAAAUGGCCACCAUCCUGGAGCUUGUGGAAAGUAGCUACACCCUCGCUUUCAACAGUCUGCUCCGGGACGUGGAGCAAGCCCUGGACGAGGCGCAGGACAUCUGCGUGCACUUGAAGCCGCUGCAGCGUUUGCUGGAUGAGGUAGAAGGAGCGGAGUUCCCACAGCUGCAGGGUCACAUGGCUGCACUCCUCCACACUGUGUGUCUCCUGUGGGCCCACUCUCGCUUCUACUGCCGCCCGGCCCGGAUCAUUGUUCUGCUGCAAGAAAUAUGCAACCUGCUGCUCCAACAGGUCAGAGUGCCCGAGAAUUAUUAUUAG